AUGAGCCAUGUAUACAAGCGAGCGCAGGGAGGCACUGGUAGUCUGACAGUUGCACGGAGUAGUAGAGCUCAUAUGACUGUUUUCAAUCGCUUCUCGACACUAAUCAAAGGCAUUAACAAUCCUUACGACAUGUGGAUCUCAACCAAAUUAGACCAGACAUCAUAUAUCGACCAGUGCUUCAAUGAACUCAUCACUGAAUGCAGACUCUCA